CCGGGCCUCAGGCUGGGCUUGAAGGUGAGGUUGCAAGCGGUUCAACUUCAAGGGUGUUCAAACUUCAAGGAGCAGCAUGAGGAAGGAUCUUCAGAUUGCGGCGCCUAGCUUAGCUUAAGCUGUUGCUAGUCCUGCCAUGGACUCCCCUUAUGCACGGUAUCACAAGCACGGCGCGGAGGGUGUGGUAUCCGGCGUAGCCAGGGUCGGCGACGCGAGCGAGGCGGAUCCCCCAAUCAUCCCCAGGAAAGUCCACCGGAAGGAGCUGCUGAUCAAUAACUUUCUCGCCAAGAGCCUGAGCUGCUCGCUUUGUUCAGACAUCAUAACAGACGCUCAGAGCUCGGGGUGUGGGGAGGGUCACAGUUUCUGUGCUGCGUGUCUCGCCGGACGUUUCGGACAGUUGGACACUGCUCAGUGUCCAACGUGCAGCAAGGAGAUCCAGAAGGAUAGGGUCAGCGUGAACGUCCAGCUGCAAACCCUGGUCAACGAUCUCGGCGUCAACUGCCCUUCCAAUCUGAGCUACAACUGUGUCAGCUCAGAGUAUGAAGCGGUCCCCGGGGGGUGUGGCUGGAAAGAGCGAUUUGAGGACUUACCAGCGCACUUGGCAGAAUGCACGCACCAGACUGUCCUCUGCUCAGGGUCAGCAAACGGGUGCCCGGUUUCUGUUUGGAGGUGGGGCCUCCCGGCCCACAUGAAGAGCUGCACGUUCAGCUGCGAGUGCGAGUGCGGGGCGUCGGUCGCGGUACGCGAGUUGGAGAUGCAUAAGCUAUUGUCGUGCACCAGGACGGAGGUGCGGUGUCCGCACGAGAAGCUCGGUUGCGGCGCGAAGCUGCGGCGGCCAGAGAUGGCGGCGCACCUCAAGGCGUGCGACUUCCAGCGGAUGCGGCCCGCGUUCCUCGCACUCGAAGCGAAGCACGCGGCGGAGGUCGCAAAGCUGAAAAGAGAGUACGAGGUGACUGUGGCAGGGGAGAGGGCGUACUUCGAGCGAGAAAUGCAGAGGCUACGGGCGCAGCUGCUCUUGGCGAGCCAGGCGGAAGAUCAGCGGGGGCAACCGAAACUGAAGCCGUCAAAGGGGGCGAUCGCAAUGAAGGCCAAGGCGCUGGGGCUCUCGACAGCCGAGGAGUUGCAGGCGCAAGCGCAGUUUGCGCAGCAGAUGAAGGGGAAGGGCAAGGGGAAGCGGAAGCGGGAUCCAGGGGACGGAACGGUUGUUGUUUUAGAUGGGAGUGGCCCAAGUUGGGGCCCAAGUGCACAGGCAAACGGAGGGGGGGGGGCGGCGCCUAUCGCGCCAAAACCCGUGGAUGUGUCGCAGUUUUUGCAGUUGCCGCAAAAUAGUCUAUUUCAGUUUGACCAGAUCCAGGGCGGUAAGGAACCAAGCUCAGCACCCCAGCAAAGCCAGAACGAGAACCCCUCCACUACCCUCCAGGUUCCGGCCCCCUCCGAACCCUCCCUUUCGGCCCAAGCUUCGACAACGCCAGCAGUCUCCCAACCAGUUCCACAUCCGCCACCGUCUGUCCCAACCGAUUCCCAAAGCCAGCCCCCAAUCCUCCAAAAUGGGACUCCAGCUGCGAUCUCCAGCAGUUGGCCCCCGCCUGGAGUCACCAUUCACACGAUACAGCCAGCCCCCCCCACAGUGCCCCCUAAGGAAAAAGCCCGCGCCAAAGCCAGAGCGGAUCCUCCGGCCUCCCUCGAGCGCCCCGUGUUCAAACUCCCAGCAUCCCAGAAACCGGGGUACAAAAAGUGCCCAUGGACUGAAAGCUGCACGAAAAUCCUGCCGCAAAAUGCGAGCCACUGCCCCUCGUGCGGGAAGAGGGGGCCAAAACCGGUGGCGCCGCUCCCCCCGCUUUUGGAGCAAAAGUGCGGGGGCUGUGGAACAAUGAAUCCUCGCAGCUUCGUCACGUGCAUACAGUGCAAUGCGUAUCUUCCGCGGGAGUAUAGCAGCAACAAGUGCUCGAAAUGCGGACGGGGGAACAACGGGAAUGCACGGACUUGCGGGGCGUGCGGGGCGGAGCUGCGGGCAAAGCGGGUGGCGCAGUACAGUGGAAAUACGUGUCCAAAGUGUCGGACCCAGUGA